AUGUUACCCUCUCCAUACUAUUUAAAUUUGGGGCAACUACCUUCGGGCAGUAACAUGUUACCACGUUCCGACUUUAUUGAAACUUCAAUCGGCAGUUCACCUUUACCCGCCAUAUUAACCGAUCAUUCUCCGUCGGCAUCUCCCAGCCCAUAUUUCUAUGCCAAUAUACCAAAUAUUCAUCCACUAAUGACAAUGCACAAUAAUAUGUGGUCGUAUCCAUGGUCUUUUCUACAAAAUUCUCAUCGUCCAGAGAAACCACCAUUUUCGUAUAUUGCUUUAAUUGCCAUGGCAAUAAGCAGUGCACCAAACCAGCGCUUAACAUUAAGUGGAAUAUAUAAAUUCAUAAUGGAGAAGUUUCCCUAUUAUCGUGAAAAUAAACAAGGUUGGCAAAAUUCCAUACGACAUAACCUCUCGUUAAAUGAUUGUUUCGUGAAAGUACCACGUGAUAAAAAUACUAUUGAAGACAAUGAUACUGCGGGCAAAGGCAGCUACUGGAUGUUGGAUGCGUCGGCAAAUGAUAUGUUUGAACAAGGAAACUAUAGACGCCGGAGAACGAGACGACAAAGACAAUGCUUAAAAACGGGCACUUUAUUGGGAGAGUCUUUAAAGGUAUCUGAACAACAAGCAGCAUUAAAUGAUCAAUCAAUGGCAGAAAUACCCUCUAAUAUUGAUGCCAUGUUCAAUAUAAACUCAAACAAUUUGUGCCUUAACUACAGUGAUCGCAUUACGGAAAUGCAUCGACAAUAUUUAGCUUCCAUUGCACCCUUUAAUAUACUAUUCGGAAAUUCUUCUUUAGCAUCUUCUGCAACAAACCCUACAGCCUCAUCAUCACCAACAUCCCAAUCUAACGAAGAAUCCAAUAAUGCUUCUUUACUAUAUAAUCAAAAUGUUCCUACACCUGGUGCCCCACCAUCGUUAAAUGGUUCAUCCACCUCUUAUGCAGACAUAGAGUAUUUGGAUUUUUCCGUUGACACUCUUUCAAAUAGCAGCUGUUCCACUGAUCGUAUGCUAACGCAGUCCCCAAGUGCCUUUACGCCCACUUGUUCGACUACUAAAAGGGCAAAUGUAAUAAAAGUGGAAAAAUCGUGUAGUCCUGAUAUAAGUACUACUGGCAACAAUAAAAAUCCCACGGCAUUUAGUAUUGAAAAUAUAAUUCGAAAAGACUGAAGCGGAUACCAUUCAUAUUCACUUUUAGCGAGCGGAUUUGUAUGCAAAUGAAAUGUAUUUUAACUUGUGUGAUAUUAAGAACAUAUUAUAGUUGUAAAUAAAGAGUUUGAUUUUUAAAUAUA